GCCCCGGAUGGUAACUGGGCUCUCUCGGCUCCCGUUGCCCUCCCCCGCUCGACCUCUUGCCCGGAGUAGCCAUGGCGGCCAUGAGCUUGCUGCAGCGGGCUUCGGUCACCGCGCUGGCGGCGCUGGCUGGCCGCCGCCUGGGCCCGCGGCUCGGAUCCGGGGCCUUCCUCACGCGGGGCUUCCCGAAGGCUGUUGCUCCUGUGAGACACAGUGCAGACCAUGGGAAAAGACUGUUUGUUAUCAAACCUUCUCGAUUCUAUGACAAGCGUUUUUUGAAUUUACUGAAAUUCUACCUUUGUUUGACUGGGAUUCCAGUAAUAAUUGGCAUAACUCUGGUGAAUGUAUUCAUUGGUGAAGCUGAGUUAGCAGAAAUUCCAGAAGGCUAUAUCCCAGAACACUGGGAAUAUUACAAGCAUCCUAUAUCAAGAUGGAUUGCCCGAACUUUUUAUGAUAGUCCUGAAAAAAAUUAUGAACGAACAAUGGCUAUCCUUCAAAUUGAAGCUGAAAAGGCUGAAUUACGGUUAAAGGAGAUCGAAGUACGAAGAUUAAUGCGUGCGAGAGGUGAUGGUCCCUGGUUUCAGGAACCAACCAUUGAUAAGGGGCUUAUUGAUCAUUCUCCCAAAACACAUCCCGAUGCCUAAUUUUUUAUUUCUCUAAAUACAAAGUACAUUCUCUUUAUGGAAAAAUGAAGUAAUAAAUAUAUUUCGUGCUUUUGCUCAGAGUAAUGAAUAAAAGACCCUCUUCCAUUGCUUUAUUUCUCAGUGUUGGUUCAGACUAAGGCUUUUUCCAUGUGUGAUCUUAAUUUUUUUCAGCUUUAUGGGCAUAAUUGACAAAAAUUGUAAGAUAUUUAAAGUGUUCAUUGUGAUUAUUUGGUAUGUGGAUACAUUGGGGGUGGCAGAUUAAGGCUGUUGAACUUCUGGAGUUUGAACUUCCUCUUUUAAGAAGGUUUAAACAAUUUUUUAAAACUUGGAGAGAUAGGAAUUUGCGAACUCUUUAAAGGUAUAACUUUGAAAGGUUAAUAUUUUAUUUGUCUGAUAAAUGGAAGUGAGAGAAAUUUGAGUAUAUUAAGUAUCAGGAAGCAUGGUAGUUUAUGUCUAUAUUGUAGACAUCUGGAUUAUUCGGGGGCAACUCGGAGUUUUAAAUUAUACAAAUACUGAGUCAACUAGAUAAAACAUUAACACCUUAAUAAACAUUUUCAGUGAACAAAUCUCAAAGUUUGUUUUCAUGGUUUUUAACCAUCUACAUGCUUUUUAAAUACACAUUUUUCUUAGUUGCAAUUUCUACGAUUCUUUAGAGUACUUCUUUGCAAACACUGGAAAAGUUAUUCCAAAAGGUAAAAUGAUUACUGCAAAGGUUAUGAAAUGUGAGUAAAAGGUAAAAUAAUGGCUGUCAUUUAUUAAGCAUUUACUGUCUGCUGCAUAUUUUGACAUUGUUUUCAAAAUGACCUUAUGUGACAUUUCUAUGCGUUACAGAUGAAGAAUUGAGGCUCAGAGAUUUUAAACAGGUACUCAAGAUUUACCAAAAUAAACAUUCACACUUCAACUUUCAAAAUGACCUUUUAGCUUUAAAAAUUCUUUUUUUUUUUUUUCAGCGAAUACCUUUUGAGAGCUCUCUUGCCCUAAGGGCCCUAAGUACCCUUUAUAAUUCACCUAGAUCCUUUGAGGUGGUUGCAUUCUCUUAUUUCCCCAGCAGAGGGCUGCCUAUGCCAGUUCCCUCCAGAUUAGGUUCUGAGAUUCCCUGUGGGAUCUAAUUACCACCUCAUAAUUCUGCUAAAGGGUUUGGGAGAAGGGCCUGCUGUCCCUAAUCCCCUGCUUGCACAAAACUUUCCAUUUUGUAGCGGAGGGGUAAGGAGAAUGAAAGCAGAUAAUCUUGUAAGUGGUAACUAUGAAUAUCUGUAUGUUUAUGUUCACUCCUGUAGACUUUACAGGUUGUUUUUAGGCAUUAGGUUUUACUCAUAUUCUCCUUUCUACUACUGCAGAUACAAGAAAAACAAGAAAUACUGACAAUCCCACCACCUAUAAAGACAUUUGGAAAAUUUCCUUCAAUCUUUGUUUUUUUCUUUAACAUAGCUGGGAUCAUAUAUAGGGUGUCCCCCUAAAAUGUAUACUCACACUUUGAAUAAUUAUAAAGGCAAUGUUUAUUAAAAUACAUUUCAUUUUCAAAAUUGA